CCCGCGUUUAUUAAGAGCGGGUCGGCUCCAGCCCCUCACUCGCGCUCUGCUCGGCUCCAGCUCAGCUCGCUGGCGAGCCUCGCUUCUUCCCCUCCCGCCAGCCUGGAAAGAACCUCGCCUCUCCCCGGCAAUGCAUCUCCUUGUAAUUCUGUUCUGUGCUCUUUGGUCUGCAGCGCGGGCCGAGAACGCGGACGACUAUGAGCUCAUGUACGUGAACAACGAAAUCUUCAAUGGACUCCAUCCCACCGAAGACCCCACGCCGUGCGACUGCCGCCGGGAGCACUCCGAGUGGGACAAGCUCUUCAUCAUGCUGGAGAACUCGCAGAUGAGGGAGAGCAUGCUGCUGCAGACCACGGACGACGUGCUCCGCGGGGAGCUGCAGGAGCUGCGGGCGGAGCUGGGCCGGCUCUCGGGCAGCCUGGCGAGGCCGUGCGCGCUGGCGGCCCCCGCGGAAGCGCGGCUGGCCGUUGUGAGACAGCGAUUUUAUUCCCAAUGCGUUCCAAGAAGAUUUUUGGAAGCGUGCAUCCAGCGAGACCAAUGAAGCUUGAGUCUUUUAGUGCCUGUAUUUGGGUCAAAGCCACGGAUGUAUUAAACAAAACCAUCCUGUUUUCCUACGGCACAAAGAGGAAUCCGUAUGAGGUCCAGCUGUACCUCAGCUACCAGUCCGUAGUGUUUGUCGUGGGUGGAGAGGACAACAAACUGGUUGCUGAUACUGUGAUUUCCCUGGGCAAGUGGACCCACCUGUGCAGCACCUGGAAUUCCGAGGAAGGGCGCAUGUCGCUGUGGGCAGACAGUGAACUAGUAGCUACCGCCGUGGACAUGGCCACAAAUCACAUUGUUCCCGAGGGAGGAAUCCUGCAGAUUGGCCAAGAAAAGAAUGGCUGCUGUGUGGGCGGGGGCUUUGACGAAACACUAGCCUUUUCUGGAAGACUCACGGGCUUCAAUAUCUGGGAUCAUGUCCUGAGCAAGGAAGAGAUAAGAGAGACCGGAGGAGCAGAGUCGUGUCACAUUCGGGGAAAUGUUGUUGGGUGGGGAGUCACUGAGAUUCAGCCACACGGAGGAGCUCAAUAUAUUUUGUAAGUGUUGAGGAACUCAUCGUGCAGCCAAAGAAAGAAACUCACAUUUUAAAUAUAUGCCAGUGGGGAAAAUCUGAAAGCCUCGGUGCAGAAUGAGAAUACUGUGGCAAAGGAAGGAGAGGGCUGAGCUCGAUCUGUAUUUAUCUUGGCAAAAUACUAAAUAAACAGUCAAAGGGAGGACACUGAGAAAGCUUUGGGGGAUAUUGUUACUAGACUUUAUGCCAUGGUGCUUUCAGAUUAAUGUGGCAUUUCUGUCAGAUAAACUCUCCAAUAAUUAAAAAAGACUGUAUUCCUGAACAGAAGGACAAUUGUUUUACUUUUCUUUGGUUAAUUUUGGUUUGGCCAGAGAUGAGUUUUACAUUGGAAAAAUCAAAAACAAGAUUUGUUGUCCAUUGUUCGUUCUUAUUGCUACGAACCUUAUUAUAAAAAGUGAUGAAAUUGUAUUUAUACUACAAAGUGACUUACAAAUAGAAGUGUAGUUUAUGUGCUAUUAUCAAAUGUCACGUUUCUGAGAAGAUAGCUGUAUAAGUUAUGUUGUAAAAUGGAUUUGUAUUAAUUUUAUUUUUGUAAAACUUUAUGUAAAUAAAAUGUUUUAUAAAAUUA